AAAUGUUAGACCGGAGUGUUACAAAAUUUUUAAACAGUCAAACAUAGUGUCAAAAAGCAAAAUGCGGCAAUGCGACUGCCCCGGAUCGAUUGAACAAUUCCCCGAUGCCAAAUUAAACAAAUAGUGUCAAAAAAUAUAAACAUGGAGCCUUUUAUAGAUAAGAAUAAUUUCGCUAUAAGCGCAAUGGUCACCGUUGCAAUGCAGAUACUGUUCUUCACAAUUGCAUCUUUAUCUCAAAGUGACAAAGUGACAGAUUUCACUGGUGGUGCCAAUUUUAUCAUCAUUGCUUUACUUACUUUCUUCCUCGGUCAGGAAUCGAAUCAUAUGAAGAAUUAUGACAGCAGACAACUCAUGGUCACAGCGUUUGUCUGCUUAUGGGGUGUCAGGCUUUCUGGAUACUUGAUCUACAGAAUCUACCACAUUGGUAGAGAUAAACAAUUUGAAGAUCGUAAAAGUAAUACGCUAAGAUUUGCCGUCUUCUAUACAUUCCAAGCGGUAUGGGUGUAUAUUGUUAGUUUGCCUGUUAUAAUUAUAAAUUCUCCACAUCAUUCUUAUCCAAAGUCUCCAAAAACCAUGACCACGUUAGAUUCUGCCGGCGCAGGAGUGUUUGUAAUUGGAUUAUUGAUUGAAACUUAUGCGGAUUUGCAAAAGUUUGCCUUCAGACAAGAACCAGCGAAUCAAGGAAAGUGGUGCAAUGAUGGCCUAUGGGGUCUGUCAAGACAUCCAAACUACUUCGGCGAAGUUGUUCUAUGGUGGGGUAUCUUUAUAUUAUCACUUAAUGUAAUCGAAGGAGCGGAAUGGGUAGCAAUCUUAUCUCCAUUAUUUACAACGGCUAUAAUAUUAUUCCUAUCUGGUAUACCAUUGCUAGAACGAUCGGCGGACGAAAAAUAUCGUGAUAAUCCAGAUUAUUUGUAUUAUAAGGCGUCUACGUCACCUCUGAUACCGAUACUGCCGGCUAUUUACGUCGAAGUGCCAAAAUUCCUGAAAUUUAUCCUUUGCUGCGAAUAUCCGAUGUACGAUUCGACUGGAGAUGACUUCCCUGCGCCGACCAUUGUCACUGAGACGACUAGUAUCUCGAUGGUGCAGAGCCAAACAUAGCUAACAAACGCCGCGCGUGACCACACCGCGGCAAAGAGCGAGUCAGCAAACCACAGAAGCCAAGCGAAUCAAAAACAAUUGUGAUACACGGCUGAGGAGAAGCCUCAGAAGAUAUUGCCAAACUCAUUGCCACUGAAACAAAAUAACACAGUAGAUAUGAACUUAUAUAAUAGUUACGUAGAAAAUGUUAAGAAAAGCAAACAAGUCGCUUUAGGAUUACUUGAAGAUAACAAGGAUAUUUACGAUAGUAUUACUGAAGAAAGUCGUGGUAUAUCUCGUAUAAGGCUGAGGGACAGUCCAAGCGAUUUUGAAUUAGCUGGCCCUAGUACAAGCAGAGAUAAGCCUAAGAGACCAACUGAAUUCGUUAAGUAUGGUAAAAUAACUUUCGAUACAAAAGCUAUAUUGCACCACUACCCACAAUCUCAGAAUAAGAAUAUAGAUAAAGAAAAAAUAGCCACUAAGAAAUCUGACCUAAACUUGC